AGGGGUGUAUAACUGAGACUAUAAAAACUCAGAGAGAAAACUUACCAUCAGGACUGAGUUUGGGAGAAACUGCACAGACAGAACUCUAAAAUUAGAAUCUCCUGAUUUUUCACAAGAUUGUGUCUAGAUUCAGUGUUGCCGUUGGAGGAACGCAAGCUUCGGAGUCAGGAAACCAAACUUCUCAUCCCGGGUCUGGAUCCAACACCUUCCACUCAGCAUCCCUGGGUCUUCAUUCUGCCAUAACUAUGCUCGACUGGAGAUUGGCAAGUGCACAUUUUAUCCUGACUGUGACAUUGAUGCUAUGGAGUUCAGGAAAAGUCCUCUCAGCGGAUGUAGCAACAGAGGUCUUUGACUUGAGAGUCACAGAUGUGCAGUCACCACCCACAGCUAGGGAAGAAAAAUCAGCCACUGAUCUGGCAGCAAAAUUCUUGCUUCUUGAUGAAUUUGUGUCUCUAGAGAAUGAUGUGAUUGAAACAAAGAAAAAAAGGAGCUUCUCUGGCUUUGGGUCUCCUCUGGACAGACUCUCAGCUGGCUCUGUAGAACAUAAAGGUAAACAGAGGAAAGUAGUAGAUCAUCCAAAACGGCGAUUUGGUAUCCCUGUGGAUCGGAUUGGUGGGAACCGGCUCUCAAAUUCCAGAGGCUAAUUGACUCCAUAACGUGACUUCCUUGGGUUAAAUGUCACAGAAACACGGAAGAUGCUUCAUUGAAGUUCUCCACACUCCUUAAUGAUUAAACUUUUCAGGAACUGACUUUCUGCGAAUCCUUUCCAAAGCUUGAACUUCAGUCUAUCACAUCACCGUAUUGUUACAGCUCCAUUUAAAUUAUGUAGAUCAUUUCAAUGCAUAGAUAUUUUUUAAAUAUAUAUAUUUUAGUUAUUCAGGAAUGGUUCCUUGGCUCCCAACCUUACUUUGCUAAGAAAUAGUCAAAAAACACACUACAGUGAAAUACUUUCUAUGUGCAUUUGCCAUUUACAUUUAAGCAGUUAAAAAA